AUGAUACAUUCUGAAAUAAUAAACAACCAACCAUAUUUGCUAGAGUAUCAUGAGGUUGUUGCCACCCAGAUUGAUACAAAUGCAACAGUUGAGGGUGACCUAGAGAAUGAGAGAGCUGGGGUUGAAAGAGAUAAUAUAAUAGUUGGGGGUGAAAUAGAGAAUGAGAAAGCUGGGGUUGCGAGAGACAAUGGAACAGUUGAGGAUGACAUAGAGAAUGAAAGAGCUGGGGCUGAGAGAGACAAUGGAACUUUUGAUGGGUCUAAUUUUAAUAACAGUAACUAUGAUGUAGAAGAAGAUGGGAAAAUUUUUAAGGCUUAUGUUGACAUAGAUGUUGAAUGGGUAAGUGUGACUGACAUUGGAAAGGAUGUGAAAAAUGAGAAAUCAACAGACUAUGGUGAUAUUGAGAAUGAUGGUGUUGAGUCUGAUUAUGCAUNAGGUGUGACAGACAUUGGAAAGGAUGUGAAAAAUGAGAAAUCAACAGACUAUGGUGAUAUUGAGAAUGAUGGUGUUGAGUCUGAUUAUGCAUCAUCUAAUGAACUGUUUAGCAUAGAUGGUUCCUCAUUAGAUGAAGAUAGUAAUAAAAGGAGAAUGCCAAAGUAUUCUGAGUUUAGGGCUGAGAUUAAUAUGAAGAAUCCAACAUUCAAGUUAGGGAUGCCUUUUGGAUCACCUGCUGAAUUCAAAGAAGCAGUGAAGGAAUAA